CGGGGUAGCUUGAUGCUAAAUGUAGCUACAGUCAGAUUCGCUCUUUGACAGCCCAAUCUUCUUCGUAUUUAUUUCAUUUUCCAGUCUAUUUUUGGUCCCACUGUCUCCCUCUCAUGAUGCCUGUUAUCCAUCUCCUGUCUUCGGUCUCUCUGGCGCUAUUCUCUCUAUGUUCUACCGCUCUGUGUGCGCGCAGAGAUGUACUGGAGCUCGGGGACGCGGACUUCGACUACCUGGCAACGGAGCACGAGACCAUGCUCGUGAAGUUCUACGCUCCGUGGUGCGGCCACUGUAAAAAACUGGCCCCGGAGUUUGAAAAAGCUGCAGGUCGACUUAAAGGCACCGUUCAGUUGGCAAAGGUUGACUGCACUGCAAACACAGAGACCUGUGCUCGCUUUGGUGUUACUGGGUAUCCUACUCUAAAGAUCUUCAGGUCAGGGAAGGACUCUGCACCCUAUGAUGGGCCUCGCACUGCAAAUGGGAUCUACAACUACAUGAAGAAGCAGAGUGGCCCGGACUCAGUCCACCUGAAGAGUAAAGAAGACCUCCAGAACUUUGUCAAUAACUACGAUGCCAGCAUUGUUGGUGUUUUCUCAGGGACCGAUGCUCCACGUCUGGCUGAGUUUCUGAACGGCGCCAGUCUGUUGAGAGAACAGUUCAGAUUUGCUCACAUCACUGAUCUACAGAUCGCUGACGAGCACACUCAAACUGAGAGUGUCUUACUCUUCAGACCUCCAAGACUGUCCAACGCCUUUGAGGACAGUGUGGUGGUCUUCAAAGAUUAUCUGACCAUCAGCUCUCUGAGACGCUUCAUCAGAGAUCACAUCUAUGGUCUGUGUCCUCACAUGACGGUGGAGAACAGGGAUCGCCUUCGGGUUCGUGACUUACUCACAGCGUACUAUGACGUAGACUAUCAUCACAAUGUCAGAGGGUCCAACUACUGGAGGAACAGGGUGAUGAAAGUAGCAUCCAAAUACGUUGGGCGUGGCCUGAUGUUCUCAGUAGCCAAUAAGAGAGACUUCCAGGCCGAGCUGGAGGACGACUACGGCCUGGGAACGUCAGACGGAGGCGAGCUGCCAUUCGUCACCAUCCGGACCAAGCUGGGCCACAAGUACACCAUGAGGGAAGAGUUCACGAGGGAUGGUCAGUCACUAGAGAGGUUCCUGGAGGAUUAUUUCGCAGGUCGUCUCAAGCGUUACAUCAGAUCAGAACCAGUACCUGAGAAGAACAUUGCUCCUGUGAAGGUAGUUGUUGCAGAGUCGUUUGAUGACGUCGUGAACGACCCAGAUAAGGACGUUCUGAUUCAGUUUUACUCUCCAUCGUGUCCACACUGCAAGAAGCUGGAACCAGUUUACAGAGAGCUGGCAGAAAUGUUGUAUUCUGACCCAAACACCGUUAUCGCCAAGAUGAACGCCGUCGCUAACGACGUCCCAUUAGGAUACGAUGUCCAAGGGUUUCCCACCAUUUAUUUUGCUCCUGUGGGUAAAAAAGACGAUCCUGUUCGAUACCAGGGCACUCGGGAGCUGAAGGACUUCUUGAAGUUUCUGAAACGUGAGGCGAGUCAUAAUCUGGUGAUCCCCGGGUUUAAGGAUGAACUGUGACACUUGUUCACUCAUGGAUCUUAAGCUAGAGAAAAUAAGAAAGACACAUAAAGGGGAGAACCCUCUCCUACUCUUUUGGAUGGACAAGGUGCAGAAUCAGUCUGAGUUUACACAAACAGGUGUCCAUAACACAGACUGAGUCCUCUCAGAUUUUUAUUUAAACUCGAAAUAUCCAAAUGAAGUGCUCCAUUGCCUCACUAGAUUAUUUAUUCAUUUGAUUAAUUUAUUUAUUUAAUAAACGACCUUAAAUGCAUUGGGUUUAUUUAUUUGUAUCUUUAUGCAAAGCUGUUAUGCAUAUGUUAUAUUUCUUUAUCUUGUGUAAUUUGUAUAUGGUGCUUUAUUGUAUUUAUUUGUAUUUAAUGAGAGAUUCUAAGCUUUGUGAUAAACUCAUAGAACUGGAAUCUGUUCUGAGCCUUCUUACUUGCAGUGAAACUCUGCUGGGACUGUUUAAUAAAAUAUUAACUUGCAUCAUACUGUUAA